AUUGGUGGCCGGUGUAAAUCCUCCUCUCUCAUUUAAAACCAGCAGGCAGCGGUUUGUCUUCCUGCUGCUUCACAUGUUCCUCACACUUCAACAUCCGCUUACCUUCUCAGGUCCACACCAGAACUCUAAGACCAGGUUUUAAUCAGAGGAAAAAUUAAUAUGUGGUACCUUUUUAUUUUAUUUUGAAGCCUGAGUAUCUUUGAGUUGUUUGCAGGUGUUUUGUCAGCACACUUGGAGCUUUCUACAUCACCGGAGUAGUUUAUCAGUCACAUGAUGGCGGCCUUGCAGGCUCCUGUUAAAGCAGAAAACAGGCUGGCGUUUUCCAUCGACAGGAUUCUUGGACUGGAGCUGGAGAGACCGGAAAACUGCCUGAAACUCCAUCGGCCCUGGACAGAGAUCACGGCAGAGAAGGAAAACAGAGGAAACAGUUUGAGUUUGAAACAACAACAACAACAACAACAACAACAACAACAACAACAACAACAACAUCCUCCUCAGCAGACGAGCUCCACCAGACCGACGUCAAACUGGUACGCAGGACGCAGGCCACGCACGGCCUUCACCAACAGCCAGGUGAAAGUACUGGAGUCGGUGUUUCAGAUGAACUGUUAUCCAGGGAUUCAGCUGAGGGAGCAGCUGGCUGAGAGGCUGGACCUGGACGAGGACAGAAUACAGAUUUGGUUUCAGAACCGGCGGGCGAAGCUGAGGCGUUCCCUCAGAGAGUCUCGUCUGCAGCUGGUUCAGACGGCUGUGGCUGACCUGCAAGUCGGACAUGACAUCACGGGUCAACUGAAAAAGGAUAAGCGAGCUGAACACGACCUGGCUUCUCGUCUUCAGCUCGUGGUGGAGGAAGAGAGGGAGAGAUGAUGACUGUUUCUCAUAUUAAGAUGGACUGUUUACUUUUAAAUGCAGCCCUACCAUGUGUCUUUGAGGUUCACUGCAAAUGUAACGCUCUGACUCACUAUUGUGAGUUGUACUCUUGGGUAGGAUGGCGGGCUCUGGCGCCCCCUAGACUCAUACACUGGUACACCCCCAUCCAUCCAACCAACCCUCCAUCCAUCCAUCCAAACCUCUAUCCAUCCAAUUUAUCCAUCCAAUUAAUCCAUCCAUCCAUCCAAUUUAUCCAUUCAGCCAUCCAAC